GUGUCAUUCUUUUUCAUCGGUUUCAUCGAGAUGGGAGUCGUCAAGAGUUUUGGCGUGCUCAUUGAGGAGGUCGUCUUCCAAAUUAAUUCUGACCUGGGGACGGUUGGAUUUAUCUUUGGGGUUUACAGCGGCCUAGCAUAUCUAUUUGGACCUUUUAUCUUACCGACGAUAAAGUACCUGAGUUUGAAACAAUCCUCUGCAAUUGGUAUGAUUGGCGGAAUUUGUCUGGCGGCUUCCUCUUUUACAUCAAAUAUAGCCCAGCUGGCAACCUGUUUUGUAAUCUCAGGCGUUGCCUUUUCAUUUGUUCUUGCCGCGGGGCUCAUUCAGUUCAACACUUUCAUUCCGCCUGAGGACUUCGCGUUAUUUUAUGGCAUUACAGAAACGGGAGCCCCAGUAGGAAUGAUCAUCUUACCUAUCCUGGCCGAAUUUUUAAAAGAGACCUAUGGGUGGAGAGGCUGCAUGCUCAUUCUAGGUGGAAUCUUGUUGUACGCACUGCCGUUACUGUUGGUGAUGGUAGGCAGAAAAGAAGAUCCAGAAGACACUUCUGAAAUGACACAUGUAGAUGAAAUGGACAAAGGUUCAAAUGAGAAUGAUGUAAAUCUGCAGGCCGAGCAAGGUACAACUAUUGAUCUACUAGAAGGUCCAAGUUAUCAAGAAAUGGAGGACCAAGUAUCAGGCUCCCAGCAGGCAAAAAAAGCUCAAAGUCAGGAUAUCGUUAGCGCAAUGAACGUUAUGGAGAUCCGUUUCUGA